GCUGGAGGAACAGCGGUGGUGACUGGAAACAGCGUUUCCGACUGUUAGAGCUCCUUAGGCGGGACCCCCAAGGCCGAGGCCCCCAUGGUACAGCUUUAGGAGAGAGGACGGUAAGGACAGUUCACUCUUUUAGAAGAAGGGGAGGUUAAUCUGUGUGCUGAGAAAAAGCAGAGUUUAAAUAAAAUGCUCCACCUCGAUUUCCCAUGUUCGAAAGGAAUGUGUGUCGUUCUUGAUGUUUGUGUUUGACCUAACGAGUGAGAGUAUCUGUGCUUUGGAAAGUUCCGGCACACAUGGAAGUUUGUCAUUAAGGGGUAGCUUUUACGGCCUGCCAAAGGUGUCGGGGUGUUGGGAGAAAGGGCUUUAACUCGCUCCUCUCCUGGGGCUAGCACCUCCCACCACCCCCCACCCCCCAGGGCUGGGCGGCUCGGGGCGUCGGCGCUCGGACCCAGGCAGGCGGCGGCCGCCCGGGGUCUCCCAGCGCGCACGCGGCGGAACUCCGUCCUCCCUCCCGGUUCCCGGGAACUGUUCAUACCGGGCAUGCGGUUGGCGGGUCCCCGUUCAUAGGUGUUCAUAGGUGGGGCGUGGGGGGGGGCGGGCCAGCUGAGACAUUGCCACAAUCCCGGGUGCUCGCAGGACGUCCUUAGAAAACAGAGAAGCAGCUGACCCCGCGUGAGGCCGAGGGGGGCGAUAGGGGGGCGGGCGGUGGGCGGGCGGUCCGGCUGGAGAGGAGCCCUGAUAGGACCCAACGCGGAGACGCACAGGCCACGCCCCCCGAAAGGGCCCGGGUCAAAGCUCCGCGGAUUCCGGAGACCUGGACGUGUCCUGACCGCAGCAGUGCAGCUCCCGUCCCCUGGCGGGCAGCUGGGCAUCUGGUCCUGACCCCAGGCGCUGGCCGGAGCCUGGGCUGGGACCGCCCCGCCCCCCAUGCUCACUGGCCUGUCGCCCUGAGCAAGUGACCUCCCCUCCCUGCACCUCCACUUCAUCCACAGCACGAGCUGGGGUCGGCACCCCCUUCACCGCGCUGCGGCGGCGCAGUCCGCGGCGGGGACGCGGGGGAGCACGCGACAUCCCGGAGGCGGCGCACGGCUCCUCCCCGGCAUCUCCAACGUGCACCAGCCCCUGCCCCUCCCAGGCGAGGCCCCUGGGGUGCACGCGCCUGUAUCUGCCUCCCCUGGCCCCAGUGCUGCUCCGUGGAAGAACCAGAACCAGACUAAAGCCCGUCUGACCCCGAAGCUCAAGUCAGGCUGAGCGGAACGGAGGUGAACCGGGCUCAGCAGAGGGUCAGGACCGAGGUGAACCGGGCUCAGCUGAGGGGCGGGAUGUCAGGAUUCACUCGACAUUCAUCUGCUGGCUCCGUGAUGUGCCGGCAUCGUUCUGGCACCGGACACGGGGUUCACGGCACUCUCGGGCCCGAGCCCCCUCGUGUGGACCCUGGUCCGGGGGUGCAGGCGAGGAAAGGGGGGGUCUCCUCAGCAGAAGGGAAAACUUGGCAGAAGCACAACUGGAAACGGCCCCCUGUGGAGUGACCCGGCCACCGGACCCGCUCCUGGGGGAAGGCAGGACACGGCCUGACCGCCCGCGAGUGGACGCGAGCCGCGCAGGCCGGUCUCGGCUCCCGGAGGCACCGUCAGCUGCAGGCCCUUGCUCUUUCCUCGCAGGGUCCUGCCCCGCCGCCGCGGGCCCAGCCCGCUCCCUCGGGUGCUCUCUGGCCGCAAGCGAUCAGCUUCCCACCAGCUGGUGGGAAGGGAACCGCAGUUUCCUCUUUUUCAGGCAAAGCAUGACAGGAGCGAGGAGCUGGGCGCUGGCCUCCCCCGCGGAUCCUCUUUCCAGAGAGGCUUCAGUUUGCUUUUGACUCCGGUCCGGCGCUGCUUCCGCGCUCGCACGCCCAGAACAGGCAGAGCCUGGGAGCAAGGGACAGCCUUGUUCUUUCCCUCGGGCGGCCACGCGGCCCCCCCCCCCGGCUCUGGGCCCCCCGCAGCAGCGGGCAGGGCCAUGCCGCCCCCGAACUGCUCGGAGCCCAGCGCGGCGGUGGAGGUGGCAGUGGCCACGCUGCUGGUGCUGGAGUGCGGGCUGGGCCUGCUGGGCAACGCCGUGGCUCUGUGGACCUUCUUCUCCCGCCUGCGAGUGUGGAAGCCCUACGCCAUCUACCUGUUCAACCUGGUCCUGGCCGACCUGCUGCUGACCCUCUGCCUGCCCUUCCUCGCGGCCUUCCUCCUGCAGCGCAGGACCUGCAGCCCCGGACACGCGCCCGGCAGGGCCCUGCUCUUCCUGUGGGCCCUCGGGCGCAGCGUGGGCGUCGCCUUCCUCACGGCGGUGGCUGUGGACCGCUACUUGCGCGUGGUCCACCCCCGGCUCCGGGUCAACCUCCUGUCCCUUCGGGCGGCCUGGGGCAUCGCCGUCCUCGUCUGGCUCCUGAUGGUGGGCCUCAGCCACCAACACCUGCUGGGGCCCGCCGCCGCCGCCGAGUGCGCGGGCUCGGAGCCCCGUGGGCGCGGCCCCGCCGGCCUCACCUGGCAGGAGGUGCUGUCCUUCGCGCAGUUCGUCCUGCCCUUCGGCCUCAUCCUGUUCUGCAACGCCGGCAUCCUGCGGACCCUCCGGCGGAGGCUGCGGGGCACGGACAAGCAGCCCAAGCUGCAGCGGGCCCGGGCGCUGCUGGCCGCGGUGGUGGUGCUGUUCGCGCUGUGCUUCCUGCCCAGCUUCCUGGCCCAGGUCCUGCUGGCCGCCUUCCGAGGGGCGGGCAGCUGCAAGGUCUGGACGGCCCUGGUGCACGCGUCCCAGGUGGCCAGCAGCCUCACCGGCCUGCAGAGCGUGCUGAACCCCGUGGUGUACUGCUUCUCCAGCCCCGCAUUCAGGCACUCCUACCGGAAGGUCUUCUUCACCCUGCGGGGCCGCGGGCCGGAGGCGCAGGAGCCGGGCUGCGAGCUCAGAGACUCCGACUCCUGAGGACGGCUGGGUCCCAAGCCCUGGGUCUGCUGGGACCCCCGUGGGAGUGACCGUGAGUUAGGAUCCCGGACACGGGGCGGGGGUGCAUGCUGGGGCGGCGCCGCAAAGACCGGACCACGGACGGACUUCAGCAAAACUAUGGCGACCGUUAUCACGGCCUGUCCGCCAGGACACCCUGGGCUGCCGUGCGGAACGGAGCAGCAGGUGCACACGAGGAAGCCCCCGCCCCCGCCCCCACCCGGCCCCCUGCCCGGCCCCCCGCCCGGCCCCCCACCCGGCUGCAGGCUGAGCUGCUGCGGUGACCGCGCCCCCACAGGAAGGACGG